AAUUUAACACUUGAGCCGUUCUACUCAGGUACGUUGUACAUCGUACAUUCGCAUAUCCAGCGAAGAGAACUAACUGUCCUUCGCUGCUCGGAGACUCGGAAUGCGCAACGAAACACAACAAACUGAAUCAACGUGAGACUAGAGUGUAGUGCAAUCGUGCGUACAUUUACUACAAGGGAGCAUUUGGGGAGGAAAUGUUCUCCCGUUUACCCCACGCCCCGCCCACCGCGUUUUGCCCGUCUCGAUCGAAUCGCAAGCAAACCGGGGGCGGUAGUGAAGCCAGCCAGUUCGUAUUUGGGGCGCGGUGUUUCCUUUUAAAUUGAAAAUAAUUUAUUAUGGAGUUAAAGGGAAAAGUUGCAUUGAUCACCGGUGCCGCGGCCGGCAUCGGCUUGGCUUACAGCGAGGAAUUACUUAAACAAGGUGCCAAGGUUUCACUUUGCGAUAUCGAUUCAGACCUCGGCGAGCAAAUAGCCGACGAGUUGGGCGCGAAGUACGGCAGAAAGAAUGUUUUGUUCUGUCGGCUUGAUGUCACAGACUAUCCGCAGUUUGAAGAGGCAUUUGUAAUGACGAUAGAGGAAUUCAACCGCGUUGACAUAGUCAUUAACAAUGCUGGCUUUAUGAAUGACAGACUGUGGGAACUCGAAGUGGAUGUUAAUUUGAAUGGCGUGAUCCGAGGCACCCUUCUUGCGUACCGAUUCAUGAGCAAGGACCGUGGCGGGCAGGGCGGCACCAUCAUCAACACCGCGUCCACUGCGUUUGUGCGGCCCCAGGUGUCAACCCCUAUUUACACCGCCACUAACUACGCCAUCGUGGGACUCACCAGGGCUUACGGGGAUCAAUAUCACGUAAAUCUGACAGGCGUGCGGAGUAUGGUGGUGUGCCCCGGGCUCACAGACACGAGCCUCGUGAAGGAAAUCCGGAAGCAACUCAUGUCCUCGGAGUAUGAAGCAGCCUGGCAGAGAGACAAUGCUAACUGCAAGAUGCAGAGUGCUGAACACGUGGGAAGGUCUUUAGUGGACAUACUCGCUAAAGGCCAGAGCGGCUCGGUAUGGAUCGUAGAGAACGGGCAGCCAGCCCGCGAAUGGCGCGGCUAAGUACGUCCCAUCGAUGCAGUAUAACGUUCUUUAUAAACACUCUCUCGGAAUAUCUAAAGGUAAAUAAUUCACGCGUGAAAACUGUAUUGGAAAUACAUUUUAUGUGAUGUUAUAGACGGGUCACUUUUCCUUUUGAGUGAUGUACCGAACGUGAAUUGUUGCGCCUUUUUUUGAUAUUUGUAAUACGACUAAUGUCGGAGAGUUAUCGCUCAUUUGUUUGUAUGUAUCAUUGUACACUUAAUUUAAAAUCUUUGAAUGUAUGACAACCUAAUGGAGAUUUAUACAUAAGUAUUUGUAACAAAUAUUCUCGGUUUAUACUUUAUAGGAUUGAAUUUGUGGUACCUCCAAGUAUGUGUAAGAUUUUUAAAUAUCAAUAUCACAAGCUUAAUGUAAUAAGUACUGCGUUAUAUUAGUUAUAUGGAUGUGUAAGGUUCAAAUGGAUUGUAAUGUAUGAGUAUAGAAUGCUUUGAUCUACUGUGUACUAUCGUAUUAAAUAUAACCGAAGGAUGGGUGUGGUUGUGUAAAUAUUCCGUUUUUAGUAGGAAUAGAACCUUCCGGUUUAGAACAAACAUUUUAUAUUUUUUAAGAAAAAAGAAAAGUUUAAAAAAACAAUGCUAUAAGUAAAGUAGCGAGUAAUGGUCGAAUAUCGUAUACUUUUAAAUUUUGAAUGUAAGCAACAAGUUGUUCUACGACACAUAAAAUUUGUAAUCACUUUUGGAUGAUAAGUUAUGACUUAGCUACGUAAACACUACUUGUAACUGAACUUGUUAGAAUCAUAAGUUAAUUCAAUUUGAUAUAUUUGGUUUAUAAACGUUUUACGUUUCAACUUUGUUAUAUUUGAAAGCUAUUGCAAAAUAUGUACGAGCUUAUGAAUUAUUUGCAAUAAAAUUACCUAUAACCAGAA